GCUGUUGCGCACGUGGCAACGAAACCCAAUAUUGACGCUGCUUACACCUUCCGCACACUCAGUCGAAAGUGAAGGUCGCCUUGACCAAGAUCUGCCUACACAGCCUUCUUGCCGCUGUCACAUCGUGCUUGCACGUCUGUAACCACUCACAACAUUGUGUGUGACCUCAAGUGAUGAACACAGACGUCUCGAAGGCUCUUUAGAUCUCGUCGCCUUUAUCAUAACAGUACUCAGCAUCGGGUCACGAACAACUCUGGAUGCACCGCUAGCAGUCUCAACACCCCCCCUAAGCUCCUACAACAUCUCCCAUCAUGUCAGCUUUCCAUCACCCAGUGCAAGAAGAGAAGAGCUACCGCCGCGCUAUCUUCUUGUUCGUAUCCCUAGCGGUCGCGGGAAUAUGCAGCAUCUACCCAGUGAUGUGCUUCAAGAAUUACAGUGCCAAGGAGAAAGAGAAGCUCAACCACGACGUAGCAAAGAUGGAGCGGCGCGCCAAAGACGACAUUCGCGCACAUCUGCCGAGGAUCAGACAGCGAUCGCAUUCUCCGCCUCAGGUAGCCCACCUGCCUCGAGACCGGCAUCAUCGCCAUCGGCAUCACUCGUCCUCACGCCAUCGGGAUCGGCGCCACGUGGCCUACCUAGACAACGACUCGAACUACCACCCGAGGUCGCACGCUUACGACCAGGAUCUGGAUCGCGAUCGCCAACGCCGCCACCACGGUCAUCCGCCACCGAGACGGUACCAUCACAGCUCUUAGGAGGGUGUGUUGGGGCCGAUGCCGACCUUUUGAUGUCAAAUGCGCGCCAGUGUACACCGUCCCCAUACGCGUAUCAUCUAGCACGAAAGACGUCAGUAGCUGCACGCCUGCAUAACCUUUUAGCAUCCCGCCGCUCAUCUCAUGUCUCCAGUCUUUCAGGCGAUGGACCAUCAUCGGAACAGGACAAGCAGUCAGAGAAGAACAAUCGGGACGGCUCUUCGGCGGACACGCCGCAGUCCGGCAAGUCUCGUGGUACUGGUAUUUCUGCAGCGUCAACCAUCUCUCGAGCCAGCAGCUUCGCGUACUUCCUGCGUAACAACAGACCAGACUUGCGCUUGUUCAAGAAGCGAAGUCAACCGAUUGAGCAUCUCCGUGAGCGCCCUGAUGUCCCACCGAAGAAGCCACUCACGAGGCGCUCAUCUUCCUAUUGCAGACCUAGAGUUGUUCAGGAUACGGCGAUAUCCUCUCCUCCACCUACUCUGCCACAUCUACGGCAGACGCUUUCGCUAACAGCAUUGGCACGUGAGCGGCCUCCCGACUGGGGCCGAACACCAGCUUCUAAAACCACAGUUCCGGCCAGUGACCUGCCAGCACCCUUAGUCAGCCUUAGCGUACAACAGCCGGCAAAGUCAAGCUUGAAGACAGCACCAUCUACUUUACCCCGGACGCCCCCAGCAAGGCCUCGCUUACUCAAAACACCCACACUUGACGAUCUGUCCAGCUCGCCACGAGCUCGGCAAGUCAGGAUCGAGACGCCGGGUAGAGCGCGCUCGAGGAGUAGAGAAUCUGGUGAUCGCUCACAACGGCGGCCUGGCAGCUUGUUCCUGCAAAUGCCUCCCAGAAGCCAACCACAUCUAGCAGCACCAACAAGCCACCACGACGUCACUCCUCCAAACGUCGAGCCCAGCUCACCCGACCGCUCGCACUUUCGACAUGGCGAAUCUUACUUUCGCACAUUCGGGGAGGACACCGUGUUCAUGAAAGAGUUCACACCAACCAUGAUACCCAGUGCGGUGCCUUCACCACAGAGCAUGCUCACUCUGCCCGAGCCCGUAACACCACUGCAGCCAAGCAUGCUGGCACCGUCUCAGCCGCAUAGACGCAGGUCUCUUGCCUUUCUUCAUGCCUUCCACAGAUCCACAGUCGUUCAGGGUACGCAUAAAGCACCUCACAGCGGCACUGAGCGAAUGCGACCACCUACAGCGCCUGGCAUCUCCGUCAGCCCACCAGAUGAGUCGCCGCCAACGCACGGGCGGUCAUCAAUGCAGUCGCUACCUCCCAACAUCGCAUUACCUGCCUACUUCAUGCCGAAGCACGGCAAGCACCGGUCUCAAGAUUCCGAGUCGUCAACGGGCACGACUCCAAUCAGCCCUCUAGAGCCUAUCCCACACCGCCGGCCUGCUUUGCACCGACGGGAUAUGUCGCAAGCGUCCAGCGACAGCUUAGCCGUAUCCCCAAUGAACCGCACUCGGUCAAGGCCAAGGCUGAGGCAACGAUCGACCGUUGCGGACAUUGAGGAGCUUGAACUACCCGCUGUGCUCUCGGGGACAAGUAUCGUACCCGCCGUAACGUCUGAAGCUGUCACCAGACCGCAACAGCCAUACAGAUCAAGUGAUGGACAAACGUACUAUCAAACGCCACUGACCGGCGCCGGCGUGGUCAAAUCAGUGUCUGCUAACCACUCCACCAUCCGCCAUCCGCCUGAGAAACAACCCGGGGCAAGAGACAGUGGCGUUCGACGCAGCGUCUUCAAGAACUUCUUCCUCGACCUGCGCAAGACUUCCAUGGCUGCCCCUGUACUGAGGGAGGCAGAGUCUGCGGAACCGGAACCAAUGCACCGUCGUCAAGGCUUGCCGCACAAAGCCUCCACCUCAACGUUCCUUACGACCAUGACGAGUCCACCAACGAACAAGCUGCGGAAGAAGUCUUCUGUCGCCAUGGUGGCCAAGCCUGCUGCCAAGCCCUCUCCAAAGCUGCAGUACAACACCGAAGUGACCAACUUCUACCAAACGCCGUACAGUCAGCGCGUCGCUAAUACGCGGCGUGCCGAACAGCUACUGAUACGCUCGUUGGUGGAGGAUGCGCUCAACGACUCUGACGCCGACGACGUGCAACUUGGCUACGAACAAGACGUCCCGGACCAUCUCCCCAGCAGUCCGCUAUGUCCGCUCAGCCCCAUGCACAAGAGUGGUGGAAGAGGUAUCUGUCCGUUGCAUGGGUGGAAGCGAAAAGAGAAACAGAAGCCGACCUUGGCCAUGACAAGAACCGGGACGGAGACGGGAAUGAGCAUGAAGAAGGUGCAGCGGGUGGGGACGAAAUUACCAGAGCCGGUGAUUGUGUAUGAGGGCAAGGUUGAGGAAGUGAAGCGGAACAAGAGUGGUGGAAGUGUCGGGAGGGCGGAUGUGAGUGGGCGGAGACAAAGUGGGGAUGCGUGGUAUGAUGAUGAUGAUGAGGAGUGACAAGAAGGCGCUCCCGCCUCGCUCCUUCCUAAGCAAGUGCGUUCAGGGUCACUACAUGGUUGCUAUGUUAUACAAGGGGCUGACUCAGCGCACACGGUUUGUAUCUAUCUUUUCAUUCGAGUCCUCGAGGACAUGGUCACAUCACAUACACAACAUUCACAACACAACAUUCACAACGACCAAUUGCUACCGCUGCUGCUGCUGCUGGAUACCAUCGUAGUC